GGACCGUGUACCGGUACCGUUAACGUUAAGCUUUACCGCGAAUCAAAUCAACGUCUCUGUUUAUCCAAUAAAUCGGUACGCCUGGUCGCGUACGCGACGUGGAAAGGUCGACGUGCACGUUCUACCCGGUCCUCUCGAAUUUCUACCUUUCUGCUUUUCCCUCGGAAAUUCUAUCGUCUACCUUUUACGGAAGCUCGUCACGAUCGUUGCAGUUGCGACAGGAUAUUCCGAAAUUCCCUACAAUUUCACCCGACUCCGCUCCUCGGAGAUUACCACAUUCGAAAUCGCUCUUUCUAUAAAAGUGUCUCCAGAAAUUAGAAUUUCGUUUCCUUGUUACAUAAGAUGCAGGUGUAUUAAUACAAAAUAAAUAUCCUGGAGUACGCGGUAGCCGUCGUUCUGCAGUCGGCGUCGCGACGUACCUCGAUUACGAAAGGACGAAGGCGACGAGAAAGGAGCGGUUACGAUAGGUCAGUGGCGAACCGAAGCACCGAUCGCGAAACUUAAACGACGUAUCCUGAUGGAGCGUGAACGCGUUGCCGGAGACGAAAGGAGCGGUAUUUAGAAAGCAACCGGUAAGGCGCGUUCUAAGCGAAAAAGGCUGUUGUUCUGCUACGUUUUCGCGGUGUCGAAACGUUUUGUCGGUAGCGAAGUGAAUGUCUAGGUAAGAGGACAACGCGAACCGAAGGGUGAAGAAGGGGCCGUGGAAUAAGGAGGUUUGCUGUUUGCCGCUCGAGGCGAACAGCUGGCAAGCAGCAAUAUUGGUAGCACCGUUAGCGCGGCUUGUCCGAUUCCCUCGUAGAUCACUCUUCUCCAUCAGUACGCUGUCUCCCUUUUUCUCUUUGCCAGGGGUCAUUAGUCGACAGUGGUGUAUCCUAACAGGAUUCCUCUCUUCCUGGACUCUUCUAUCAUUUCAAUCUACCUUCUCGCCUACGCGUUGUUCAACUGAACACAGAAUUUCUAAUUCAAAAUAUAUCGAGACUAUCAGGAAACUUGUAUAAGAUUUUCAAGGUUUUCGAUAUCUUUGAAAUUUCAAUUACUCGCUCGCUAUUUGUGGCACUCGAUAGUGCGAUUACGUCCCUGUCACCUGUGCUACCACCACGACCGACAGUGCCACUUCUACCCGCCGAAAGUCACCGCUCCGGCACGGAAGACUCGCUCGCUCGCGGCCAGUAGUACUGGGACGCGUUUUCCGCGCGCGACACGCGUUACAAGCUUCCCGUCUCCCUCUGCUAUCAAUCGUUCCCUAUCUCCGUUUCAUUCUCUCCUAUAGCUUCGAAGGGCUUCGUUCGGUCGACCCGUACCUUACGAUCGAUCGCGGGCAACGAAGGUCGAAACGGUUCAGUCGAAGCCCGUGUUUCCAUCGAGCGACACGCGAUUCCGUCUUCCCACCGCGUGGACGAUAAACGUCCUGGAAAAAUCUCCUGAAUACUCCGUACAUACGAUUGCAGUGUAUGGGAGAACAGUGAAGCUAAAGUUUUGUGAAAUGUGAACGAGUGAUUAAAUUUGAAGAAAUGUCGUUGCAUAUCAAAUGGCCGAUUUCGAAACAUAGAAAGUGCGACGCGAUUUGAUGACAGAAAAUAGUUGAAACACUUCGAAGCCUUUUACGACGUUAUGACAUUUCGUUCGCCAAUUCCUUGAAACAAUCAGCACCAUGGUGGUGUCUCAUCGCGAGGGCAGCAUUUCCUCGAACAUACGAGCGAUAAUCGAGCAGCUGAAUUUAAAUCCAGUGGAAAGAAGGCGAUUAAUCGAUCGAACGAAACAGGAUAAUACCCGAUGCAAGAGUUUUCCGGGUGUUCAACCGACGGCGAAGAUCAGCAUCGGCGUGUACGGAUGCAAGGAGAAGGUUGAUUACGAAAUACCAGAACCGAUGAAACGCGUCUGCAAAUUCGAGGAUAGAUUUAGGGGCAAGGCAGAGAUCGGAGGAAGGAAAAUCGUCGGGAUUAAGAAAGAGGCUACCGCGACGAUCGAGGAUCAUGCGGUCGAGGAGAAGAAGGAGAACAAGGGGGUUGGAUCGAUAAGAUCUACGUACAAGAUCGAGGAUCGGCCAAGAUCGAAGCCGGAGAACAGACGAACGAUCCUUCAGGCUAAACGAGAGCAGUUUGUUCGAGCCGAAGACAGGAUCGAGGACAAAACGGAAGAUGAAUCGAUGGGAUCUGUGAGACCUUCGUGCAGGAUCGAGGAUCGACCACGCUCGAAGCCGGAAGUUAGACAGCGGAUCCCUCCAGUUAUCAAAGAAUCGAACCCACGGAUAGAAGAGAGCUGCGAGAGUUCAAGAUCGCCAAAGGACGCGGCUGAUCGAAUUAUACCUGUGGCCAAAGAAGACUUACCGCAAUUAGAAACCGUCAGCUUGAAUCAUACAGCGGCGCACCAUCGAAUUUCCGUACGACCCAAGAACCGAAGACCACCGAGGCGCACCGGUUUGCAAGCGAGCAGCACUUCUACGUCAACCAUCACGACCAUCGCGGAGGACUCGUUGGACAGCCUGGACCAACAGAACACGAACAGCAACGCGUCCUCGCCGACCGAAGCGAAAACUGUAUCGGUAACAAGAAAAUCCUCGAGUAGAUUAUCCCGAACGUCGGACAUCUUCGAAGAGUUAGAGGCCAAGCUGCCUAGGAAACCGUCGAGCGCAGCCUCCUUGUCCCCGGACAGCUUGGACGCCAUUAGUCCUUCGAGGACGAGCUCGGAGGUGAACGAGGAGCAAGGAGAAGCGCGAUCGAUAGUCAGAAAGUCGUCGAGUCGAAUAGCAAAGAACUCCGAGAUCUUCGAGGAGCUGGAAGCCAAGCUACCGCGAAGAAGGUCCUCCAACAGGCUGUCCAAGUCUCCGGACAGCCUGGAGGUUGGCUCCUGUUGGUUCUCCAAAUCCAGCGAGGGCUUCGACAAGCUGACAGAGUACGAGGAAGCGAAACCCGUGGUCAGAAGAUCGUUGAAUCCGAUCUCGAAGUCGAUCGACCGUGUUUCCAAGUCCUCGGACAGUCUGGAGGCUAUAGAGGCGCUCGCCAGCGACGAGUCGAUCGAACGCAGGAGGAGCAGCUUCGAGUUCCGUGCUCGCCGAUCCUCCAAGAACAUAUCCAAGUCUUCCGAAAGCUUCGAGGUGCUGGAACAAACCCAGACCGGCGAGGACACGAUGCAGGAGUUGCAGAAGAGGAGCAGCAUCUCGGAUAUCAAUCUGGCUAGAGGGAGACGGUUGUCGAAGAGCAUCUCCAAGUCGUCGGAGAGCUUCGAGAGGAUCGAGAUAAAUGAAAAUAAAGACGAAGAGGAGAACGCCGAUGAAGAUUUUGGCAAAUGUUGCAGAAGAUCCUCGAAGAGAAUGUCGUCGGAGAGUUCGGACAAUUUGGAGAUGGACGAUAGACUGGAGAACAGGAGGAUCAGGAGGACACCGAAGAGAAUAGCCAGCUCUAGUUACGUGGAUAUCGUUGCGACGGACGAGCAGGAAGACGAGAAGAGACCGGUAUCGGUUAGGAAACCAUCCAGGCUUCAGAAGUCCUCGGAGAGCUCGGAACUUGGUAGCACGGAUACCUUGGACUCGGAGAGGAGGAAUAAGUCCUCUGAGAGCACCGAGACUCUGGAUAGUUUAGAGAGGGAUUUGGAUCAGGACAGGAAGCAGGAGGAUCUUGCAGAUGCCGUGGUAGACAAACGCGAGAAAAACGACUCUUGGACCAACAAGAACCUAGUGACGACUGAUGAGAUCCCACCGGUAGCCGACGGUACAGAAGACUCCAAGUCACUGAUUUCCCCAGAUAAGUUCUACUGGCGUCAGUCGUCCGAGUCGAAGGAGAACAUCGAUAUACAUCAGCUGUUAGCCAUCACUAUAGUUACCAGAAUGACCGAUAACGGCAAUAAUCAACGAAGCUCUGUGAUUUAUCCUAAGAAGAAGCAACAGAUCACCGCAUCUCAGCCCACCUCUCCGGUCGCUAAACAAGAAGACAACAAGAUGCUGUUCGACAAUCUCCUUGUUAGUAAAAACGACGAGGACUUGCAGAACAUGCUGAACGGGAAUAUAUCAGAAGUGUCCACUGACACGAAGACCUUCAAGGAGAAGCUGAUCAUGUUUGAGAAACUUGGAAAAUGAACUGCAUAUCGUGUUUAUGAUGAAUUAACGUUGAUUCAAUUGAUUUUCGUUCGUCGAUAUGCUUUUUCAUUCGUUUAAAUGGAACGUAAGAGGCUGAAACAAAGCUGUUCGAAAGAUUCAAAUUUCCAUUAUAGGACACGAUGCCUAUUUUCUUGCAAACGUUUUUAUAUCAAUUUCAUUUAUAGACUGAAUAAGCUGGAGGAGAUAAGGAUAUAUAUAUAUUAUAUAUACAAAAGAAGGAGAAUCAAGAAGGACAAUAACGUAACAUUAUUUCAUUAAAUUUUAUAUAAUGUUUUCAUAAGAAAAUUUUUUUGUUUCAAAGAGAAAGUGAAAAGAGAAUUGAUUCGUAAGCAGAAAUGAACGCGUUGACCGCCAUGGCCAUCGCUGCAACAUUCACUCUGAGGUAUCGCUAACAUUUUAAAUAGAAAAAAUGAAUCCCAUAUGACAGUAUACCAGAACCAAACAUUGUUAUUUCUACCGUGAGAGUCAACGUGUUAACCGUGAAUCGCCGUUGUUAUUUAACUUCUUCCGUUGCUAUGUUUGUUUUUAAUUUGUCCUAAGAAUCGCGUAUUUCAUUAGGAUUACCAGAGUCCUAUUUGAACCCAGUAUUAGCUGGCGCACGAUAUAUCGUGAAACGACCUUCUAUUAUCGUGCUUGCAGAUUCUUCUCGUGUUAGGCAUCCAGCGUUUCGUGGAACUUGUUGUACAGUAGCUUAGAGGAGGCGCAAAAUAGAUGUCGCGUUUCGUUUCGUUGUGUAAGUACAAAAGAGAGAGAGAAAGAGAAAAAAAUAACAGAAAACCCUAUUGCAGAAUUAGGCACGAUGGUGAACGAAUAGGGUACGAAUAAGAAGAGCGACAGAUGUAAUGUUCAGUAUCGGUUAGAAAGUGUUUAAACCACAGGGUACCGUUGUUAAACGAAAUCAUGUGAAAUCAUUCAUAUCUAGAAACGUUAUGGUAAUCUUUUGGAAAAUGCUGCCUUUCCAUUACCAAUUCAACAUUUUCUAUAUGUAUAUCGACGUCGUUGAAAUGUGCGAGAGCAACAAAUGAUAUUCUAUAUACCCGUUCGAUGUUCAAGAAGUGUUAAAUAUUUUCUUCGUUUCUUUGUUUCCUCCGCGUAUCAUUGUACGAUACCAGGAGGAUACGUGUUUUUGAUUUUCGAUACAAAUGUACGUUCGGAAUGAUACAUUCCUCUACGUUGAAAUCAAAAAAAGAACCGUGACUUUUCGUUGUGUACUUUUAAAGGGAGAAAGUGGGAUCAUCGUGGGGUGAAAAAAGACGUUAGAACAGAUCUUUCCAAGAGGAAUUUUUGGUGGGAAGGUAAUCUAAUUGAAAUAAUAAAGGAUGAGAGGAAAGGCAGAGCGAUAGAUGCCACUCGGUUCUGAGAGCCACUCUUGGAAAGGUCUGUGUUAGAGCGUAUCGUUUCUGUCACGUGGACCACGUGAAAGACAGGAUACUUCUUUUCAGUCUUUUUUUAAGUGCCUUAACGAAAUAACGAGGAAUCGACUGGAUGAGUAAAAUUACACGUUGGAUAUCAAUUGCGGGGUAAACCUUUCGUCACCCCCUCACCCCUACGCUCUCCUUUUAGUUUUCUAGUUGACCGUAAACGUCUCAGAGCCCAAAAGAUACGUGUAGAUUAUUAGAUUAACGAGAUAAAUAGAGGAUUAACCAUCACUGUAAACGUAUAAGAACUUGCAUAAUUGAGAAAAAUAUAAAUAUAUAUAUAUAUAUGUAUACAUGUAUGUACGUAUAUGUAUGUUGUACAUAUACAUACAUAUAAAGGGUGUUUCCAAUCUGAUGGCACACCUGAAAAGGUGGUAAAUCUAUAUGAGAAAGUAAAUCGAAAAUGUCGCUUCAUUUCUGAAUAAAUCGAUGUUGAAGAUUCAUCGAAA